AAACCCUAAAAAAAGUUGAGGUGGUCAAUUUCGAGCAGCAGGAGCUGGCGCAGGACCACUGUUCUUGUCUCGAUCCUCCCCUCCCGUUCCUCGCUUUAUAUAGAUCGGCGACGAUUCCAUCCGUCGAUGAGGACGUCGGAGUACAGGGGCAAGCCUCCGGCCAUGGACUUCUCCGGCUCCCGGCCCGGCGGCUUCUCCGACGACGACAGCGACGCCGACGACGCCUACGACUUCCAGCUGCGCGGCUCCUGCAGCUUCAACUUCCACCCUGAGCACUCGCAGCCGCAGCCGCAGCCGCAGCCGCAGCCGCAGCAGCAGCGGCCUUCUUCUUCCUCCAGAAGGAAGGAGCGAGUUUCCUUCAAUGAAACAUUGAUUUCUUUGAUUGAGCGCAAGAUGAAGGAGCACAAUGAUGAGGUACUUCAUGCUGUGGAGGGCGUCAGCGCAAGACUGUCUCAACUGGAGACCAGGACGCGCCAACUAGAGAACGCUGUGGACGAUAUGAAGGAAUCUCUCGAGUAUAAUCAUGGGAAAACUGAUGGAAAGCUCAGAGAGCUGGAAAACCUGCUGAGAGAGGUUCAAAGCUGUACUGGGGAUUUGAGAGAUAAAGAAGACAUAGCUCAUGCUCAGCUGCAAAUUUUAAAGCUUCAGAUCCUAAAAAGCGAAGCACGAGAGGAAAAGAAGGAAAAUUCUACUCAGACAAACUUGGCACAGCAGAAAGCAGCUCCCGAGACUCGACAAUCCACAGAGCCACUUCCGGUCCCUGUUGUCUGCUCCCAACAAUUUUCAUCUUUGCUUCCAUAUGUGUCUACUAACCUACCUCAUUCCGAUGCUUUUACAAUACCAUUGGGAACACCACCACAGCUUCCAUCCCAAUUGGCCCAGAGCACCAGCCCCUUUGUUUCACAACCAGAACUGAAUAGCCAACCACCCGCUCAACCUCCAAAGAACAGCCAUCAUCAACACUACACACCGCUAGUUUCUCAUUCACAGUCGAUGCCUCCAGUGCCUUAUUUUCCAUCUUUACCAGCAGUACCGUAUCCCUCAAAACCAGCACCGACACCUCAAGAUUUCAGACUGCCUCCACCAUAUGGUGCAGUGGCUCCCCAAACCCAUUUUCACGAUAAAUACCACAAGCCACUAAUUUCUCAUUCACACCCAGCGCCUCAAGGGCCUCCUCUUCCGUCUUCACCAGCGCUACAGUUUCCAUCAAAUCCAGCACCGACACCUCAAGAUUUUGGUUUGCCCCUGCCGUACAAUUUACCUUCUACCCAGCCACAUCAUGAACCUACCCAUGACCUCAACGAGCUUCCUUACAUGCCAUCUCAGAACUAUCCCCCAAGUAUUCAUGCGCUUCCAGGGAUGCCCUUCAUUUCUUCCCAUCAGUUGCAGUCUCCUUUCGGCAAGACGUAUGAUCAGCCCCCAAGUAGGCCUUAUUCAGAAUUUCUUGGCAGAUAUAGUUCGGCAGGAGGGAGCUCCAAUUUCAACAAUGUUGAUCCUCGAGGAAAGUAUAACUCAGGACCUGGCAAUUCAUCUGCGAGAACUUCAUCUCCUCCAGCCCCUGGCGCGGGAAAUGACUACUCGCAAUUGCCGGUCGCCCGGAUUUUGCCGCAUGCUUUACCAACUGCCUCUCCCAUCGGUUCUGAAUUGAGUUCCGGGGAGACCAAAGGGAAUAGGGCGCUGAUGGAUGAUGCCAUCGACAAGGCUGUUGCAAUGGGGUUCAGGAGGGACUUGGUAAGAGCUACUGCAAAUAGGCUGGAAGCAAAAGGGCAGCAUGCGGACCUCAAUCUGCUGUUAGACACUCUGACGAGCACUGGGGAGUCUCGGGGAUAAGUCGCAGGUUGAAGCAACGACAUGCUCUGUUCACCAUCUUUUGCCUUCCCAUGUGGGUGACUGUUAAAUGUUGCGGAGCUUCUAGUUUUUGCUGGUGAAGAACAUGAUGCACAUGAUGUAUAUAUUAUAUGGUUGGUGGAGCUUCUAGUUUUUGCUGGUGAAGAACAUGAUGCACAUAAUGUAUAUAUUAUAAGCUUGGUAUAUAUUAUAUGCUUGGUGUGACAAACUCUCAGUUUCUGAUCGUAUGAAACCUAUCAAACUAGCUACAUCUCUCUCUCUCCCUAAGUGUCAGUUAAACAUGAAACGCAUACUGGUAUUUACGAUAUUCUUGUUCUGUGAA